CAGCAGCAGCGGCAGCAGAGAGCACAGUAGCCAAGCGACUGAGAGAGAGAGAGAGAGAGCAUCCGAGCCCCAGUGCUAGCACCACCACUCCCGAUUCCCAACCCCACCUCCUCCGCUUCCGCUUCCGGCCUCCUCCACCGCCGCCGCCCUCAUCCGGCCGCCUCCACCGCCGAAAAGGCGCCGCGCCGUCUCCCGGCCUCGAUCUCCCCAGGAACCGCCGGCCGUGGCCCAGCGCCUGCUGCUCCUGCUUUACCUGGCUGGGGAUCCGCCCGGAGUGGCAUUCCUGCUCUCGGUAAACCCUAGACGCGACCGCUCUCGGUUCCCCUUUGUUUUUGCUGCGAAAAAAACGAAUUUUUAGGCCGGGGGACGAGGCCACUUCUUGCCCGCGGCCGACGCUGGGAAUAAUGGAAUCCGUCCGUUUUUUUUUCCUGCGGAUGCUCGUGUCGGUGGGGUCGAGUGGGGAAUUUUUAGUCGGCGUUGUUGGCAUGUGAUUCUGUGCUGGGGAUCUGGGAGCUUCGAGGGUUCUCAUUUUGAGAUUAGGGCUGGGCACUCUGUCAGAAAUUCCUCAUUUUGAGCCUUUGCUCUUGUGAAUGUGCUGCUGUGCACAUGCUUCAAUGCUAAAUGUUCGUUCCUCUGUCGAUUCUUCAAGGUGUAGGUUGACGGGUGUUUGUAUUGAUCUCAUGGUCUGAUUCUGCUGUGCGAAAGAUUACAUCUGAACACUAGGACACCUUUUGGGAAUCUGGAUGUGGUGUGUUGGAUAAGAACCUGGACACGUUUUAGGAGCUGUUUCCCUUAGUUGGUCCUACCACAUUGCACUUGCUCUGGAUGCCCUUUCAGGUACUCUAGUGCUUGAUUCAUAGGAGAACAUUGGGGUGUUACAGUGGUGAUGCAAUCACGCAAACCAUUCAGUGAGUUUGGUUUCGCUUUCUGGCAUAGUAUUUUCAGGUAAUUAACCAAUUAGGGUGUGAAGUGCCUGUGUGGUAUUUAUAGUUUUGGUUUUUCUUUUUCUAGUUUAGGAUCUCAAUGUAAGAAGUCAAGGGCCUAUUCAGACCUUGCUUCAGCCUGCGGGCUCAUGACCUGAAGCCAUGGUCGAGCAGAUGGGAGCUUCUUGAGAUCAUCAUAAGGUCAAUAAUUAUUCUGGAAUGUUUUUCCGAGCUGAAGUAAAGAACUUCUGGAGCUGGAUAUCAGUAUUCUGUUAGGGACAUGCUCCAACCAAGGGAAGCAGAUGUGCCUGUGCUCUUUCUUGUCUUCAUUGUACUUCCUGUGGUAGCUUAUUUUCUUCUUGGGAGAUGGCAUGAAGCUGCAAGUAAGAAGGCAAGGGUAAGUGUGCUGGCGCAGCGAGCUGCAGAAGAAGCCUUCAGAGUGGAAACAAUGGCCUGCCCGGAUGUUAUGCCUCCAGGGCCUUCUUUGAGAACUAUGCCCUAUUUCAGGCCUGCUCCUUCAUUAAGACAGGAAUUCCAUGAAUGCGCAACUUGCCAUGCCCCUGCAAAGACUCGCUGCUCCAGAUGCAAGUCUGUUAGAUACUGCUCUGGAAAGUGUCAAAUAAUACACUGGAGGCAAGGACAUAAGGAAACAUGCCAAAAAUGGCUUGGUAGCGGUUCUAGCAGCUUUGGUGGCUCUGGCCCUGAGGCUUCUGAACAGAUGCCCUUCUUGACUAACUUAAAUUCACCUCUUCCGGGUGGUGACAUUCACUUGCGCGACAUGAACUUUGAUACUUUAUCAGAGCCAUCCUUCCCCACAACUGAUGGCUACAAUCUAGAUACUGAUCCAUUUCCGACAGACAGAAGCAACUUGAAUAAAUCAAAUCAAGGUCUUCAUACGAGCGAGAAUGGUGCUGUUGGUGUAUCUUAUGAAAAGAACAAUUACAAUGUUGAUGAUGAAACCCGCUCUUCCGAGAUUUUAUCAGGAAACAAGGUGUCAAACAACUAUUUUGGUUGUGCAGAUGUGACGAGUGGUAAUGGUGAUGCAACUUAUCCUGUCAAAAAUAAUGCACAACAACCUAGCAAUUGUGCUCCUGAAAUAAGAAAACGGACAAAAUCAAGCAUCACAGUUUAUGAGCCCGACAUGGGGAUCUACUUAACUUCUGAUAUGGUUAGUUCCUGUGAGGGGCCAUAUGCUUCUGCCAGUGAGCCGCUGCAAAGGAGUUUGUCAUCUGGAAGAACUAUUGGGAAAGCAAAUUUGGUGAACAAGAGACCUUCAUGCCCAUCAGGUAAGGUGACUUCAUCACAGAAGUCACAGGAGAGGGUGUCUACAUCAUAUCAAACUGAUGGCCAUGAGAAGAACCCUUGCAACAAAAAUGACCAAAGAUCCAUCCAAACAACUGAAUCAACAAGCAACAACCUACAAGGAUGCAAUGGAAUCUCAAAGUUUGGAGUAUCCAAGGUUGAAGUUUUAAAGAAACCCUCAAAAUUUCUCAAAACCAGCCUUGUGGGAUUGAUCAAUGAUAAUAAGAGGAAUAAGGUAUUGUUCCCAUAUGAAGAUCUUGUCAAGUUUUUUCAGUAUGAAGCACGGGGUAUUUCUCCUAGAGGUCUUUUCAAUUGUGGAAACAGCUGCUAUGCUAAUGCUGUUCUACAAUGUCUGAUGUGCACAAAGCCACUGAUGAUCUACCUUCUUCUGAGAUUGCAUUCUAAAGACUGUUGCUCAAAAAAUUGGUGCCUUAUGUGUGAACUUGAGCAAUAUGCCUCAACUUUACGUGAAAGUGGUGGACCCUUAUCUCCAAGUAGAAUUCUUUCUAAUUUGAGGAAUAUCGGAUGUCGCUUGGGUGGUGGAACUCAGGAAGAUGCUCAUGAGUUUUUAAGGCAUCUUGUGAUGUCUAUGCAAGCAGCGUGCUUGGAUGGGCUUGGUGGUGAGAAGCACGUAGAACCAAGUUUGCAGGAAACAACAGUGAUACAGCAGAUGUUUGGUGGCCGUCUUAAAUCCAAGGUUAAGUGCCUCAGAUGCUAUCACGAGUCUGAAAGAUAUGAGAAUAUAAUGGAUCUUACUUUGGAGAUUCAUGGAUGGGUGGAGUCCUUGCAAGAUGCUUUGACACAAUUCACUGCUCCUGAGGAUUUAGAUGGCGAGAAUAUGUACAAAUGUGGAAGGUGUUCUGCUUAUGUCAAAGCUAGGAAGCAACUCAGCGUGCAUGAGGUGCCAAACAUAUUAACAGUUGUUCUUAAAAGAUUUCAGACAGGAAAAUAUGGCAAGAUCAACAAAUGUGUCACGUUUCCUGAAAUGUUGGACAUGGUUCCUUUCGUGACUGGCUCUGGUGACAACCCCCCUCUUUAUUUCUUGUAUGCUGUCGUUGUACAUGUGGAUACAGAAAAUGCAUCAUUCUCUGGGCACUAUAUAUCAUAUGUCAAAGAUAUGCAGGGCACAUGGUUAAGAAUUGAUGACUCAGAGGUCCAGGUUGUAUCAGUGAAUCAAGUUAUGUCAGAAGGUGCAUAUAUGCUUUUCUACUUGAGGUCUUUUCCCCGACCACCAAGGAUAUACAUUGAGAAAGGGCUCUUGCCUGUUUCGACAACCGUAAAGCGUCACACAUCAAAAUCCUCCAAGGGCUCUAAACAUGAGCGCAAGCAGACAGAGCUGCUCUUUGCUGGAAGUGAUCAAACCUAUGGUAUAUAUGAUUUUAGACCUGAUGGAGAAGGCUACAUGCAAGAUCAGCCCGCAGAGUUCAGAUCCAGAGAUUUCCAUCACGCCGAUGAUUCCUUUGCAGACUCAGUUAGCACAGACUUCUCGGAAGCUACAUCAAGUGAAUGGUCACUGUUUACCAGCUCUGAUGAGUCCUCAUUUACCACUGAAAGCACUAGAGAUUCAUUCAGUGUCGUGGACUAUGGAGACAAUGCUGGCCUUGAUCCGAUCUGCUCUAUAUUUGGGCCAUGUUAUGCUCCAGAACAUCCUCCUGGGAAUUUCGUCUCAUCUACCAGGUUCUCGCCUUCUAAUCCACAAACAAGGUACUUUUCAGAGAGCACAGACUUUGUCUCGGACUCUUCCAUGCCGACCCACCCGCACGGCAAUGUACAUAGAGGAAGGCACCCAGAUAGGGCAUGCGCCUCAUCAGCCGAACCUCUUGCUUCAGCACAUCAGCGGAGCGGGUAUGGUCGGUAUCCCCUUAGUAGAGAUGGUUUUGUUCAAACAUCUGGAUUUUGCCAAAUGUAA